AACUUUGGCAACCAAAAAACUUAGUAUAAAAAUUAUUUCUCCUCCUCAGAACCUCUUAAUGGUCAUUUAAUUAAUAGAUUAAUUAAUUAUUAAAUUGGUGUUCGGCCUCGCCUCCUGCGCCGUCGAAAUGAUGCACACCGCCGCUGCCCCCUGCGAUCUGGAUCGAUUCGGCGUCGUUUUUAGGUCCAGUCACCGUCACUCUGACUGCGUUACCUUCGCUGCCAACAAGAUACGUUCUGAUAUCCGAAAUCCUGGCUGUGUUGAUUGCCAUUCAAACUGUAACAAGUCUCCAUCUCAAGUGUCUUUGUUUUUGUGUUCUGACUCUACCAAGAGAAGAAAUAGCCUGCUUGGUGGACCGCUUUGUGUGAACCCCUCUGGCAGGAGAAACCUAGUUGGUCGAGCCUCUUAUUCUGUGGAGACAGGUGCUUAUGAUGUGGCUGCCUUAGAAUCUCCUACGCAUGUUGCAGAAGAAAAAGUUGGCGUGCUACUUCUCAAUCUAGGAGGACCAGAGACAUUGAAUGACGUUCAACCUUUUCUGUUUAAUCUUUUUGCUGAUCCUGAUAUCAUUCGUCUUCCAAGAUUGUUUAGGUUUCUCCAGCGACCAUUAGCAAAAUUGAUUUCUGUGCUUCGAGCUCCUAAAUCCAAGGAAGGGUAUGCUGCUAUUGGUGGUGGCUCUCCUUUACGCAAAAUUACAGAUGACCAGGCACUUGCAAUCAAAAAGGCUUUGGAAGCAAAGGGCCUCUCUUCAAAUGUAUACGUGGGGAUGCGAUACUGGUAUCCAUUCACCGAAGAAGCAAUUCAGCAAAUUAAGAGGGACAGAAUAACAAGGCUUGUGGUACUACCUCUUUAUCCCCAAUUUUCUAUAUCCACAACUGGAUCAAGCGUCCGUGUUCUUGAGCAAGUAUUCAGGGAGGACGCCUAUUUGUCUACUCUUCCUGUUUCCAUUAUAAACUCUUGGUAUCAACGAGAAGGUUACAUCAAGUCAAUGGCUAACUUAAUUGAGAAAGAGCUCCAGAGCUUCUCUGAACCAAGAGAGGCGAUGAUAUUUUUCAGUGCCCACGGUGUACCUGUCAGUUACGUUGAGGAAGCUGGGGAUCCAUACCGAGAUCAAAUGGAGGACUGCAUUUUCUUGAUUAUGCAAGAGUUGAAAGCUAGAGGAAUUAAUAAUGAGCAUACUCUUGCUUAUCAGAGUCGAGUGGGUCCUGUACAGUGGCUGAAACCAUACACGGACGAAGUUCUUGUUGAGCUUGGCCAGAAAGGUAUAAAGAGUCUUUUAGCUGUUCCGGUGAGCUUUGUGAGUGAGCAUAUUGAGACCCUUGAAGAAAUUGACAUGGAGUACAAGGAACUGGCUCUUGAAUCUGGCAUCAAGAAUUGGGCACGUGUACCUGCCCUUGGUCUUACCCCUUCUUUCAUUACAGAUUUGGCCGAUGCAGUAAUAGAAGCUCUCCCAUCAGCAAAAGCAAUGUAUUCACGGAUAAGCACUUCUGAAGAUGCUGAUCAUGACCCUGUCAAAUAUUUCAUCAAGUUAUUCUUUGGCUCAUUCUUGGCAUUCAUCUUGUUCUUGUCACCCAAAAUGAUCACGGCAUUCAGGAAUCAUGUUAUUUAGAAGGAAUAGAAUCUGCUAGCCGAAUUCUAUACGCAACCAUACAGAGAUGAAUCUAUUGUUAGCAAACAUAGUAUACUUGAAUUUUUUUUGCUUGAGUUCCCCUCAUUCCAACCUCUUCUGUAUACACCACACAACUAUUGAUGAAGCGAAUUUUCUCAUAAUGGAAACUUGCACCUUGUCUUAA